CAUAGCAUUGAUCCAUGGCAGUAAAGGUGUUAGAAAAUUGCAUUAAUAGAUGCACUCUGGAUCUAGUUUCUGCCUAAAUACCAGCAAUGUGUUUUUCUUGCACUCCUGAAUAAUAAACUAAAAUCUUUAAAGGGUGGGAGGGGCUUUUUGAUACGUUCUACAGGUAAGAAAACUGACAAGCACUUUUUAACCUAUUUUAUAAACUAAGGAACAAAUAGUAUCUUUCUGUAUAUAUGGCAAAUACCUUUCCAUUUUUAUUUGCUGAUUUCUUCACUUCACUUCACUUCUUCACUUCACUUCACUUCACUUUAUUACUUAAUUAGUCGCUCUCCACCAGAGUGCUCCGAGCGACUUACAAUUUAAAAUAUCAUUCCACAAUAUAAAAACAUUCAACAUAAAAACAUUCAACCUAAAAACAUUCAACAGUGACUAUUUGGCAAAUUAGAUCUGAUUUACUUAAAUGCACAACCAAACAGCCAUGUCUUGAGCGCUUUUCCAAAAGGUCACAACUCUGACAUUGCUCUAACACAUGGAGGCAAUGAGUUCCACAGAAUUGGAGCAUAGGUCGAAAAGGCUCUACGCCUUGUAGCUUCCAGGUGUACCUCCCUAGGGCCCAGUACGUAUAGGAGAUUUUCCUGGGAGGAUCGAGGUGACCACUGAUGGAAGAAAGGAAUGAGACGGUCCCUAAGAUAUAAUGGUCCUUGGCCAUUUCGAGCUCUAAAUGUCAGGACCAGUAUCUUGUAAGAGAUCCGAUGUUCUAUUGGUAGCCAAUGCAGUUUUCAGAAUCGGUGUAAUAUGGGAUCUUAUAGAUGAUCCCGCUAGCAGCCUGGCCGCCGCAUUUUGGACCAUUUGGAUCUUAUAGGUUUUUGUCUUCAGAAGGCCGGCAUAUAAGGCGUUACAAUAAUCCAACCUAGUGGUGACUGUUGCAUGGAUUACCAUUGCCAAUGCUUCUGUCGAAAGGUAGGAUGCCAAUUUCCUUGCCUGGCGAAGAUGAAAAAAGGCCUGCUUACUUAUGGCAGUGAUCUGGGCCUCCACUGUCAGCAAUGAGUCCAACACAACCCCAAGGCUUUUAACAGUAGCAGACGGAACCAGAACUUCCCCAUCAAAAUCAGGCAGUGACUGGAUUAACUGGUGGCUGGCCAGGCCAGAGUAUCUCAGUUUUUGCGGGAUUCACUUUUAGUCUACUCGCUCGCAGCCAACUCAUCACUGCUUCCAAACACAGCUUAAAGUUCUCAGGAAUUGUGGUUGUCCCAGGUUCGAGACGCAAGAGUAGCUGGGUAUCAUCUGCAUACUGGUAGCACUCUAUGCCAAAGCUCCGCACUAGUCCAGCAAGUGGUCGGACGUAGAUGUUAAAUAACAGGGGCGAAAGGAUAGCACCCUGGGGGACUCCACAGCAAAGGCAGGAGCUCUCAGAGCUUUGGCCUGACCACUCCACCCUCUGUCUCUGUCAUUUCUGCUAAUGUAUGUCUUGCAUCUUUUUGAUUCUUGUUAACCUGUUUAGGCAAAGUGAUGUGUGCACCAGAUGAGCAAGACCCUUUGAUCAUGGGAUGUACAAUGGAGAUGGAACAAAAGCAAAACAAAAGCGCAGAUGGUUUUGUUAUCCUGGGAUUCAACAUCAAUGAGACUUUACAGAACAUAUUUUUUGUGUUGUUCCUUCUCCUGCACCUCAUCACCUUAUCGGGGCACCUGGCUAUUGUGGUCCUUAGUUUAGCUGAUCCUACCCUUAGCACACCCAUGUAUUUCUUCCUUCGCAACUUGUCCUUCAUUGAAAUCUGCUACACAUUGGUCAUUGUGCCCCAAAUGCUGGCUAACUUCUUGGGUAAGAGCAGGCGAGUCUCCUUCAUGGCCUGUGCCUCCCAGAUGUACUUCUUUAUUGCCUUUGGGGGUUCAGAGUGCUUUCUGUUAGUUGUGAUGGCCUAUGACAGGUAUGUGGCCAUUUGCAACCCAUUGCGCUACACUCUUGUUAUGAACCAAAAUCUCUGCAUGCAGCUCUUGAUGGUAGCCUCUGUCAGUGGAUUCACAAUCUCCCUGGGACUCACCGUGUUGAUUUUCAAUCUCCCCUUCUGUGACUCACACAAUAUUAACCACUUUUUCUGUGAUAUCCCACCUGUGAUGUUCUUAGCCUGUAGUGACACACAUGUCAACGAAAUGGCUGUUCUCCUCGUCUGCACAAUGAUUCUGCUCAUUCCUUUCUUGCUCAUUCUACUUUCCUAUGUCUUCAUUGCCAAUGCCAUUUUCAGAAUUAAAUGCUCCCAAGGGCGGAAGAAAGCCUUCUCCACCUGUGUUGCUCACCUGGUUGUCGCUGUUCUCCACUAUGGUUGUGCCAUUUUCAUCUACAUCCGACCAAAGGCCAGCUACUCCCUAAAUGAAGACAAGGUGGUUUCUUUGAUCUACACAAAUGUCACACCAAUGUUGUAUCCCGUGAUUUACAGCCUCAGGAACAAGGAAGUCAAGGGGGCUCUCAAGAGAGUUUGGGGAAGGGUUUUAGUUUCAGUAACAAGGCAGUGGUAGUAUAUCAAAGAACCUAUUGUUUAAAAUUUGACUGGGUCAUAGUGUUUGGGACUGGAAAAAAAGUAUGUUUGCUUUAAUUGUUUGUGGACAAUUACUUCCCCACCUUCAAAGGAAAACCCAGGGUUAAUUCCCUGCUCUGACAUCUUUACUUACUCCAAAUCACUUGAUCCUACUCCUGAAACCUAAUCAGAAUUAUGACAGAUGUAGUUGUGUGCCCUUAAGUCAUUUCUGACUUACGGAGACCCUAAGGUGAAUCUAUUAUGGGAUUUUAUUGACAAGAUUUCUUGAGAAGGGGGUUGUCGAAAAAAAUGUGACUUGACGAAGGUCACUGAUUGGGUUUCCAUGGCUAAGCAGGAUUUGAAUUCUGGUCUCUAGAGUCAUUUUCCAAUGUAAGAACCACUGCACCAUGCUGGUCGUAUUUCUAGCUUUACUAUGGAACUCAGAGGGCU